AUGAUGAAGCAUCGAAGCAUUUUCGUGUAUUACUGUUUCUGCUUCUUAUUGAAAUAUGUAGCCUUUAGCAAUGUAACAAAACCUAAUACGAGAAUAGGGCACUUUGAAAUUUGUGAGAUAAAUACAUCUUCAGGCGAUGUCGAAGAAUGUGUUUUAGAAAAUGAAUUUGGGAAAAUAUUUUUAUUUAUUUGUAAUAUUGAUUAUAAUGAGAUGACAAAAAAUAUAGUGCUUCCAUCAGAAUGCGCUAAAAAAACAUAUAUAGACCAUGUAAAUCCAAAUGGGACAUCACCAGAAGUUAAUACUUAUGAUAUAUUUCCAGACUUGAUCGGAGCAAAUGAAUCCCAAUUUCGUGAUAAGUUUUAUUUUUAUGGGACCCCAUAUUCAUCUAAAGACAUUGAUUUUAUAUGUUUAUGUUUUUCUGAAACAAAACCAGAUAUAAAACAUAUAAUGAAAAUGAGUUUUAAAAAAAUGACAAAAAAAAUAAAAGGAUGUGAUUUUGGAGAUAAUACACCAAUGAAAAAGGAUUUAACAAAUGGGAAAGCAUUAUAUGAAAAUUCUAGUUGUCAUAUAUAUGCAUAUCCAGGAGAUGUAAUUGGAAUAAAUUGUUAUAAAAAAGACAUUAAUAAUAUUUAUAAUAAUAAUUUAGAAUUGCGUCCAAAUAAUUGUUUUCAUAAUGUUUAUUAUGAAAAUGAUAUAUUAUUAUCGUCAAAAAAUUUAAUACCUAAUUCUAGAGUUAUACCAGAUCCGAGUGAUGAUGUUAAACUGUCCAAAACGCAUUCAUAUAUGUCCUAUAUUAUACUCCCUGAUGAAAUAAAUCAAAAUGUUAAAAUUAGUUGUUCAUGCAAAAGAGAUGAAUAUGUUGGAACUAUGUUUUUAUAUGUAAAUACAUCGAAAAAUAUUUUAACGCCCACUAGCACCAGCACAGAAGAAUCUGCUCCUUUGAAUGACCACUACAUUUCAAUUGGAGAUAUGUGGGAUAUGGGUUUGCAUGAAAACCCUGAGCAAAUGCAAAGCAUUAUUAACCAUCACGCAAAUAAAAAAUAUUAUGAACAUAUGAAAAUUUACAAAAGCAAUAAAAUGGAUUCUAGUGAUGAGGAUGAAUCGAAUGAGCAACCACACAAUGGCAAUAGAGCAAAUAAAGAUUCUAAUGAUAAUGAGAAAAUGGCUAGAAAUAGAAGGCAAAAAAAUAAUUCUCUCAAUCAUAAUAAUUACCAUAGUAAUCAUGAGGAGGAUGACGAUGAAAUUAAUAUAUCUACUCAUGAUAAAUAUUAUGAUGAUUAUCAACCGGGAAGUAAUAGGCCUUUGAGAAAGAAAAGAACGUUUUGGCAAAAUAUGUUUGGCACCUCUUCUUCUUAUUAUGAGGCCUUUACCUAUUUUCCAAUCCCAUUUAUUAUAAUUAUCUAUAUGUUCCUCUUUUGA